UCCUAACUUUGUAGUUGGUAUUGUUGUAAAUAAACCUUUAUUAAAACCCGUUUCCGUUAGUAAUACGACGACAACAAUUACAAUUGGUGACUCCGACGUGAUCGAAGAACUACGGGUACGAACAUGCCGACUGUCGAAGAACUGCAACAGCAACUUGAAAAACAGCAAGAAGCCAUCCGGAAGCUAGAGCAAGAACUCGCCAAUACUCGAGCAAGCAAAAGCACUGGAGAUGAAGAGCUGCUCAAGAACCUCGACGAAGUAAAGGUCACAUCGUCGAGCUUGAAGCUACCGACAUUUUGGCGACGCGAUCCAGCGUUGUGGUUCGCACAGGUUGAAGCACAGUUUUACACCGCACGGAUAACCUCGGACCAGACGAAGUAUUGCACCGUGGUAGCGGCGCUAGACUGCAGCACACUCCAGCCAGUCAAAGACAUCGUAGCGAACCCACCAGACAAAGAGAGGAGAAGCAGCUACGAAAGCUGAUAAACGAAAUGGAGCUAGGGGACCGACAACCAUCCCAGUUAUUCCGCGAAAUGAAGGCACUCGCGGGGCAGCAGAUGAAUAGCGAAGUCAUAAAAACGCUCUGGCUACAGCGACUUCCACCACAUGUCCAACUUGUGCCGUCUGCGAGCGAGGGAGUACCGCUGGAAAAGAUGGCAGAAAUCGCGGACCAAUUGGCGGAAAUACACAGAAGCAACGCUAUGACUUCCAGUAUUAACGCGAUAGGCGCCACCAGCGACACGACGCGGCAGAAUACCAUCGUACCAACACAGGAAACUAACCUCAUUACGGUA